AAGCUUUUAUUACAAGUCCGGCACUAAACCCAUAUGGGUCCCGGAUCGAAUUCCUUGCUUGUAUGAUUCUUCUUCACUGAAUCGAACUUCAAUCGUUCAUAGGGAAUAUCGCAUGGCAUCUUAUCUCAGUCAACACAAUCCCCUUUCAGCCAUUGUCACGUCGUUUCCUGUAAGAAAUGAGAGCAUCCCUUCUCCACUAUGGAACUCUCCUAUUCGCUCAAGAACCCAGGACAGAAACCGUUUUCGGCUCAAUUGUUCAAAUGGGAAUCCACUAAAUGCUGUUUCGUCCCAGGAUGAUUUAGCAGGAAAUGCAUUGCCCAUAGAACACAAUAACCCCCAAACAGUGGAAGAAUCAUUUCCGUUGUCUGUCUCAGAAUCAACAGAAUCCAAUCUUAGCAUUACUGUUGUUGGAGCUUCUGGAGACCUUGCCAAAAAGAAAAUUUUUCCUGCACUCUUUGCUCUUUACUAUGAAGAUUGUCUUCCUGAGAAUUUCAUUAUAUUUGGAUAUGCUCGAACUAAAAUGACCACUGAAGAGUUAAGGAACUCAAUCAGCAAAACUUUAACAUGCAGAAUUGAUAAGAGGGAAAAUUGUGAAGAUAAAAUGGAUCAGUUCCUGAAACGAUGCUUUUAUCAUUCUGGUCAGUACAACUCUGAGAAUCACUUUGCAGAACUCGACUGCAAGCUGAAAGAAAAAGAGGGCGGAAGCCUCUCAAACAGGUUGUUUUACUUGUCUGUACCUCCAAACAUAUUUGUAGAUGCAGUGCGAUGUGCCAGCCACAAAGCAUCAUCAGAAAAGGGCUGGACGAGGGUUAUUGUUGAAAAGCCGUUUGGUCGUGAUUCAGAAUCCUCUAGUGAGCUAACGAGAUGUUUGAAGCAGUACCUCACUGAAGAACAAAUAUUUAGGAUUGAUCAUUAUUUGGGUAAAGAGCUUGUGGAGAACCUGUCUGUGCUUCGCUUUUCAAAUCUUGUUUUUGAGCCUCUAUGGUCCCGGAACUACAUUCGCAAUGUGCAAUUCAUAUUUUCUGAAGAUUUUGGAACAGAGGGGAGAGGGGGCUAUUUUGAUAACUAUGGAAUAAUAAGAGAUAUAAUGCAAAAUCAUCUUCUACAAAUACUAGCACUGUUUGCAAUGGAAACUCCUGUCAGCUUGGAUGCUGAGGACAUCAGAAAUGAAAAGGUGAAGGUUCUAAGAUCAAUGAGACCACUGCAACUUGAAAAUGUUGUUGUUGGUCAAUACAAGGGCCACAGCAAGGGUGGCAAGUCAUAUCCUGGCUACACAGAUGACCCAACAGUUCCAAAUGGCAGUAUUACCCCAACAUUUGCAGCGGCAGCUCUUUUUAUCGACAAUGCUAGAUGGGAUAGUGUUCCUUUCCUUAUGAAAGCUGGCAAGGCUCUCCAUACUAAGCGUGCAGAAAUCAGAGUACAGUUCCGACAUGUACCAGGUAACUUGUACAAGCGAAAUUUCGGAACAGACCUGGACAAGGCUACAAAUGAGCUCGUACUUCGUGUGCAGCCUGAUGAAGCUAUAUAUUUGAAGAUCAAUAACAAAGUUCCUGGCCUGGGGAUGAGACUAGACAGAAGUGAUCUAAAUUUGCUUUUCCGAGCAAGGUAUCCAAGUGAAAUACCGGAUGCAUAUGAGAGGUUACUUUUGGAUGCGAUAGAAGGCGAGCGAAGAUUGUUCAUCAGAAGUGAUGAGCUUGAUGCAGCUUGGGCACUUUUCACCCCUUUGCUGAAAGAACUUGAGAACAAGAAGAUUGCUCCUGAGCUCUACCCCUAUGGCAGCAGAGGACCAGUUGGGGCUCACUAUCUUGCUGCAAAGCACAACGUAAGGUGGGGAGAUCUUGGUAAUGAAGAUUAAGAAUUUGGAUCAAAUUAAAAACUGGAAAUGAGGUGAACAUAAUCAGAGAAAGGAGAUGGAAUCACUCAUUUGAACCUUUUUUGGACCUCUAAAACACUUGUAGAAUCCAUUUCUGAAGACUCAUCGGUUGCACCAGAGCUUUACCGUGAAUAGACAUUCUGAUUAUUAAUUAGAUAACAUCUCUCAGUCUCCCCCCUUGGCAUAAUAAGAUGUUUCAUGAUGUAAAAACACCAGAUUUUACCUCAAACAACUAGCUGUUAGCACGAGAUGCAUAAUUUUUGUUUUAAAAAAAUUGUGUGAAUAAUGAUUUUAGUUUUAUAUGUAUAAUGAUGGUUAGAAGAAGGCGGGUCGGUUUAGUUGGGUAAUAUGUGUAUAGCAGUAAAAGACAGCUGCAUCAAUGAAACCAAAUUCAGGUUCAGUUUUA